AUGUUUUGUGAUUGUUCACCCCGUUGCGUGUCGAAAAUGGAUGAUCCAUUAGUGGAAAUAGUCACGGUGAUAGAAAGAACAAUUCUUUUAUGCAAAGACGUCAUCAGGCAGGAAAGAUACAUGGUGCAUUACACCCACCUAGUAGUCAAGGGUAUGUCGCUAGAGCGAUUUAUAAAAUUGAAGUGUCGGUGGUUGCAAGCCAAAAUAACCAGAACUUCAUGUACGAUUGAUUUGUACAAAGAUAUCAAGUACUUAGAGGAGUGUAAGGCAGCGCAAGCUGUGAUGAAUAAUUUCCUCGAAGACGUAUGCUUUGAGUAUUUUGUGUUGAGAAAAAAAUACGCUAAAGCUGUGGACAAACUUCUUUCGCUGGGAGAUCAAAUUUUUGAAAUUUAUGAUGAAGAUGCUGACCGGCGGAAUCUUAUAAUUUUUCAGAAAAGGUAUUCUGAAUUGAAAGGAAAAAUAUAA